ACCAAUCAGCGGCCUCGCCUCCCUGCCCCGCCCAGGAGCCCGGGCGGCAGGCGGUACCAUGUUCCAGGGGCAGCGUGGUUGGUUCUGCCGCAGUGUCAGUCAGGAUCUGAGGCAGUUCUGGGUGGACCAAGGCGGGGAGCUCAGCGACGCCCAGGCCGCCGACUUCCUGUUCAGCUGUGAUGCUGCGCACCCGGACACGCUGAGAAUAUAUCAGAGCCUCCAGUACAUAGAAGAUAAUGCUACAGUUUUUCAUGCCUCCUAUCUCUCAGCAGUAGCUAAUACCGAAGUGGAAAACGCAGUGUCCAUAGGCUUUUUUGUUCUUCCUCCUGCAUGUCUGCAAAAAGAAAUACGAAGAAAAAUUGGUAGUUUUAUUUGGGAACAAGAUGAAAAUUUUCCGAUAGAAAAGCAUGCCAGGGUAACAUCAAGAGGAAAGGAAAGCACUGGGCGAACAACAGAACACAAAGAGGAAUUGUCCAGAAGUGCAGAAAAUCAUUUACUAAGGACUCCGGAUGUAGAAAAGCAGGUGUACCUCCCUCUUCAGAACUAUCCGGUGAACAACAUGGUAACAGGUUAUAUAUCAAUUGAUGCCUUGGAGAAAUUCCUUGGAGAAUUACACGACUUCAUUCCUGGAAGCUCUGGAUAUUUGGCAUAUCAUGUUCAAAAUGAAAUUAACAUGUCUGCUAUAAAAAAACAAAUCAAGAAGGAAUCUAAGCUAAACUGUACUUAGAUCUGGGCAUUUUUUUUGUAAAAUAUUAUGAAAUAUGUAUAUAAUUUAAGUGUGAAUGGAGAAAGAAUUAUUUCUUUCUUAACAUGUAUCCUGAGAAAACUCAGAAUCGUUUUGACUAGUGAAAUUUGUGACAUAUUCACAAAUUCUAAAUACACAAUUGUUAUGGAGUUAUCGUCAUCCAAACACACUUAAAAGAAAUCUGUCAAACGCUCUUUUGAUUUUGACUUUAGUAUUGUAUUAUAUUUUUCUAGGUUCAGUACUGAAAUGCUAACCAAUUAUGAUGCUGGUCAGGUUAUUUUGAUUUAGAAUAAAUUAGGAAGCUAUCCUUGAACUGUAAAUGUUUGUUUCUGAAACAUAGUGAUCCAGGUACCUUACAGCUCCCCUGGCAGAGCUUGAGCCCAAUACUGUGACUUUUGAGGAAACGAAGCCUCUGAGAGGGUGUCUUGCCAGAGUAACCAAAUGAGGCCAAGCCAAACUGGAAUAUGACUUUCCUUAGUUUCCAGGCUGAUAUUCAUACCCUGUUUUCCUAUAUGGCUAUACUGUAACCUCUGUCAGGAUCUGUGUGUCUCAUUGUGUUACCCAAGCUGCCCUUUAACACCCAAGUAAUGCUCCUGCCUCACUCAGCAUUCCAAAUAAGCUGAAACUGUAGUUAUGUGCCUCUGGACCUGACGUGCCUGUCUCUUAAAUAAAUCUAGAGAAGUGGCAAUUAAGAAGGAAGUGUUGUUGGGCUUGGUGGUGCUGACCCAUAAUCUCAGGUACUUGUGUGGCUGAAGCAGGAGGAUAACAGCUCAAGCCAGCCUGGUCAGCUUAGUGAGACCCUGUCUCAAAAAGCUAGAAGAGGCCAGUUACAAAGCUUGGUGCUAGAGCAGUUGUCAAGUUUGUGGAAGUUCCUGGAUUCAAUUCCAAGUGCCACAUGAGCACCGAAACCACUUCUUCAUAGUGUAUGGGGACUUACUACUUUCUAGAGACAUAAGUGGAAUUGUUUUUUUUUUUUUUUUUGGUUAGUUGAAACAAGGUUUCCCAAGAAUGGAAUUGUUUUUUUAAGCUAUCUUGUUAGAGCAAUUUGUCCUCUGACAGCUGCAGAACUAUCUAAAGAAAAUAUAUCUGUGUGUGUGUGUGUGUGUGUGUGUGUGUGUGUGUGUGUGUGUGUGUAUUAUUUGGAUGUAUGUGAGCCUUAGAUCUACCUUUUCCCUACAACUCAAAUUUCAUAACAAAAUUCUAACACAACUCUCACCCUCAACAUUUUGAGAAUUAUAUUUUUGUCUGUUUGGUAUUUUUUUCUUAUUUAUUUUUGUGUUUGUGAUUAAGUUCUUCUGAACUUGUAAAUGAAAAAAAAAAACCUGUUAACUAUCUUUUCCUGAAACAUUAAAUAUUAUCUCUUCCUGAACACUUCAUCUUAGUCAUAGUCUAUUGAUUAGGUUUUACAUAGAAACCAAGCCUAUCUCCCGAUUUAAAAUUAAUUAUUAAGAGUAUUACGUAAGCUUACCCUAAAUUGUUUACAUUGCGAUUAUUGUAAGAGUAUUCAGUGUUUAUCCAGUAUGUGCAUGCGUUAACAUAGUAAAUAAAAACCAGAAAUGUUUCCCAAACAAAGUGAUUAUAUUUCAGAUAGACAAUGCCAAUAUAAUACAUAUGUCUUUGGAAUGCUUCCAGGAACAGUAGAAUCAGUUUAUACUGUAAGUUUUUCAGGACUUGAAAAUAUGAAGAAAUAAAAAGGCAAAUGUUUAGGUUUUUUUUAA